AGCCACUCUGCUCUGCUAUACCAUGGCGGGACCGGCGCGGGCAGAUGCUGGUGAGCCAACGAGCCAGGGAAAAUUGGAUUACAUCAUCGCCAGCUGUAGCUCUUUGAAGCGACGUUUGGAGCGAUCGCAGCGGCCAGAACAGGUCCAGCAGAUGCUUCAGGAGGUGAAGAAACUGUCUGCUGAUUUGCAGCCGAUCGCGACUCUUUUCAAUGAGUUCAGGACGAAAUGGGAGGUGCAGAAACGACAACUCUUGCAGCAGAAGCGGCUGGAGAUCGAUGCUUUUCUUGCUGAUCAAGACGAGCAGGCUUCCCGAGCUUUCGCCAAAACAGCAGAAGCUGAGCUAGCCGACUUGGGUAAAAUGAAAACGUCCGGCUUUGCAGCGAAGGAACUUGAGGAGAUGCUGCGGAAAGCAAUUGAGGAAUGGCGUGCAGAGGUGCACGGUGCAGACCUUGUGAAGCCAUCGGAUGUGGAGAAGGCCCUGCGAAUUGCAAUGCAACGGGUGGAAGACUGGAGCUCUCGACAAGAAGAGAAGUUGCUAACGAUGUGGAAGGAGAUGCUUCGGCCUUUGCUCACUGAGCUGCAUCGGUUAGAUCUCAGCUGCUUCCAGGCCCUGGAAGGGAAGCUCUUUGCUCGGCGCCAGAUUGUGGACGACAUGCUGCAACGACAGCGACAGCAGUUGGCACAGGCCACUAAACAAAUGCAGGAAACCUUGACGCAACGAAGCAUGGAGAUGCUGGCCCCCGAUCGUGAAGAACAACGAAAGAGAGACAAGAAGGCGGAACGUCGCUUGAUGCUGAAUGAGGCACGGCUGGCCUCGCAGCAACGUGCCGAAGCAGCCAAGGGCGAAGCGGUGAAAGCCUUGCAGGCUCAGCUGAACGAUGUCCUCUUUGAGUUGGACCGGCGUGCAGCAAAGCUGUUGCUGAAGCGUUCUGUGCUGCAAGAAGCCCUGGCUGAGCAAGAAGCACCUCUAGCAUCAGCCUUGGAGGAGGAGUUGCAACGUCGUUUGGAACAGCUCAAGAGGCACAGUGUGCGCCGAGUGUCUGCAGACACGGCUCUGGCAGCAGGAGACCGCAGUCCUCAAGCCAGGAGCGAUGAUGAAAAAAGUGACGCGCAGGUCCAGCUUGAGGUGGCGAGAGAACGUAGCCGAGUGACCUCAGAGUUAUCACAGCUUCGCAGCGAGCUGAAAACUAUGUUGACGUCGUUGGCAGCUGGAAAUUGGGGUCUGAAACCAUGGCCAGAGAUCCUCGCCCAGGAACGCACGGAGCAACUCCAGGACGCCAAAGCUGCCCUGGAGAUCCAAGAGCAAAUCCUUCAGAAGUCCAAAGGUGAUGAACCGUGGAUGAAGGAGGUGGUCACUGGCUUGGCCAAGAGUGCCAAAGACUUCCAGGAGGAGUUGGGUCCGAAGUUCGAAGCUGUGGCCGCUGCCAAGAAACGUCUCUCCUCUGAGACAAUCAAGGUAUUCGUCUCUGGCAGCAACGGCAGGGCUUCCUCACGGCCGCCGCCAAGCGGGAGCAGCGGCACCUGGCAGAGGCCGAGGCUGAGGUGCUGCGACACGUGGCCAAGCUGGUGCCUGAGGCCGAGGCCAUGGCGGAGCUGGGCCGAGCCCUGCGAACUCAACCAGCUGCUUUUCCGCUGGUCCUAGUGGCUGGCUCCUGGCGCCGGGCUGUGCAACAUGCGCUGCCUUUGCUGCUACGCUUGUGGGAGCUUGCCGGGACCAGCAUACCGACAUCAUGUAAUUUCACGUCCUUGACUUUCCAGAUUUUCCCAGCCUCUACAAGUGAGAAUCAUUUGGCUAUUAUCAUAUAUAUUCAUAUAUCAUAUUUGUUGGUUGUAUAUCUGAGCGAAAAUGAAUAUUACUUUCAUUCCAUUUCUCACUAGCCGCUUGACAAGUUGCUUCCCGUCCAGUGGGCAACAGCUCGGCUGCAGUCCCGUUUGCGUCCUGGCUUGUUUAGCAGUUCUAUGCCUAUGUUCUAUAUCUAUCUGUUUAACUGCUCUCUUUAAGCCCAAAAAUCAGCCUCUUUGGUAGUCCUGCGCCUUGGUCUGGC